UUGUAGCUUGAUACGGUCUAAACGAUUAUGAGAUAAUAUGAUGAAGUAGCAUCAAAUUUAACAUUUAGUCAUUUCAUUCUUUAACUUUUUUUAUUUUUGGGGGGAAGGAGUUGGAUUUCUGGUUCUAUUUUUGAUUCCACCCAGAGGUAAUGUCCUCUCCAAAUUUUGAUUUACUGCUGCAUCACUGACUGUAUGCAUGCCUGAUCUGAUAUUAAAUGUUAGGCUAAAUUAGCCUUACACAAAUACACCUCAGGGUUUAUUGUGUUAUUUACUGCCAGUAAACUGCAGGUUUCCAUCAAACUGAGUGCAAAACAUAUAAGGCCAACUUAGUGACUUAUUGCCUUGUAAGACAGUGAUCAGUUGCUUGUGAACUAAGAUCUUUGACCGGUUGUGUGUGUUACUGAGGCAUCACAGUCAUGGGAUGUGGGGAGAUGUUUUAACUACCAGGGAAAAUAAAUAUUUCUGUUUGUGGAAUUGUGGUGCAAACUGAGAACUACUUAUUCCGUUUUUCGCAGCAUCAGUGCAUUCGUAAUGAAAUAUAAAUAUGAAAGUGUUAAAUGAGGAAACCCAGAGUGAGAAAUUGAUAAUUGAAAAGAUCAUAACUGCAGCGAGAGAAGCUAUGAGAGAUUAAUUCACAAGAAAGGAAUGAAACUUUUUUCUUCAUUAUAUGUUUUUGUUUUUGAUGACAUUUUAGAUGAAGCAGGUCUUUUUUUUUUCAUCAUAGAGUAAAUCCAAGAUUCCUGAGUGCUCUUCAGUAUGACAUUUGAUCCACGUGUACACUGAUGACCGCAACUGAAAUGUAGUCACAUAAAUGUACACAAAUACGUGGCUUGCGCAUGAAGGAGAGAGUUUUGUGGGAAUCAACGCCUCUGAUAUUAAUUUCUCGGCAGGCCGUUACGACCCAUCACUGAAGCCUCCCUUUGAUGCCGGUUUCGAGGGUAUCGGUGAGGUUGUCGGCCUCGGCCUCAGCGCCAGCUCCCGUUACACCAUUGGGGACACCGUGGCCUAUUUCGGCAGCGGUGCGUUUGCAGAGUACACGGUGGUGCCAGCCAAGGAAAGUGUGCCUGUCCCCGCGGUGAAGCCAGAGUUCCUCACCCUGCUGGUCAGCGGUGCAACUGCCUACAUCGCCUUGAAACGUCUGGGCGACCUGGCCAAAGGUGAGACGGUCCUUGUCACAGCGGCUGCUGGAGGGACCGGACAGUUCGCCGUUCAGUUUGCUAAACAGGCCGGUUGCCACGUGAUUGGGACCUGUUCGUCCAAUGAGAAAGCCGGCUUCCUUAAAUCCCUCGGCUGUAACAGGCCGAUCAACUACAUCACAGAAGACCUGGCCAAGACUCUUAGGAAAGAGUACCCACAAGGCGUAGACGUGGUGUAUGAGUCAGUUGGAGGCAGCGUUUUAGAACUUGCAGUGAACAGUUUGGCCAAUAAGGGCAGACUGAUAGUGAUUGGCUUCAUUUCUGGGUAUCAGACCGCAUCAGGGAUCCCACCCUUCAAGGGAGCAACGCUACCGGUCAAACUGCUUCAGAAGUCGGCCAGCAUCCGGGGAUUCUUCUUGCCCCACUUCUUCAGUGACUACAGGGAGGCUCUGGGUAGCAUGAUGCAGAUGUUUGCCAAAGGGAAGCUAGUGUGUGAGGUGGAUUGUGGGGAUUUGGCAGAGGGGGGGGGGUUUGUGGGCUUGGAGUCAGUCUUCCGGGCUGUGGACUACAUGUAUGCAGGCAAAAACCUGGGCAAAGUUGUGGUGGAAGUGUCACCACCUUCUGUUAGUAACAGUAAGCUGUGAUUUCAGAUUGUUAAUGCACUUAAAUCAUACUUGAACUCAAAUGAUUAAGUUUAAAAUGAUAAACACUGUGAGGUAAGGCUUUAAUAAUAUUUACCUGAGGUGAGAGUCUUUAUUUUUGUAAGAUGAUUGACAUAGCAUUAAAUGUAAAACAGCAUAAUGCUUUCAUGAAUAAAUAGAAUGAAUAAAACUUUAUUUUCUACUAAACUAUGUGCAAUAAAAAAGU